AUGUCAGCAACGACAAUUCUUGACACCAUUGGAAACACUCCGAUUCUCGAGCUUCGUCAUGUAGCUCCUCGCAACGGUGGCCGCAUCUUGCUGAAAAUUGAAAGCCAAAACCCAACGGGAAGCAUGAAAGAUCGGAUGGCCUUGGCAAUGAUUUCCGCCGCCGAGGCAGACGGACGUCUCAAACCUGGUGGCGCUGUGGUCGAAUACACCGGUGGCAGCACAGGCGUGUCACUAGCACUGAUCUGCUCCGUGAAGAAUCACCCACUCCAUCUCGUGACAUCCGACGCAUUCUCAAAGGAAAAGCUUGAUCAUAUGAGGCUGCUUGGCGCCAACUUGACCAUCUUGCAGAGCGACAAUGGCAGGCAGACGGAGAAGCUCACGAAGGAUAUGAUCAUUGAGGCGCAUCGCAUCGCCGAGGAGACGGGGGCGUAUAUCACGGCGCAGAUGGACAAUACAGACCAAAUGCAGGCGUACACGAAGCUUGCGGAAGAGAUCUGGGAGCAGACGGGUGGUCGGGUCGAUGGGUUUGUGCAAAGCGUGGGGUCAUCUGCUUCGUUUCGUGGUACGUCAGAGGCGCUCAGAAAGUGGAAAGCAAGCAUCACUUGUGUGGCGGUUGAGCCUGCGGAGUCGGCUGUUUUGUCGGGGGGUUCAUCGGGCUCGCAUGGCAUUGAUGGCACUGGCGCCGGCUAUAUAGUGCCGCUAUGGUAUGAUGGCGUCGCUGAUCAGAUCGAGAAAGUGUCUACUGCCGAGGCGAGGGCGAUGGCAUUCCGGCUGGCUAGAGAGGAAGGCCUUUUCUGUGGUACUUCGACUGGAGCCAAUGUCACGGCAGCACUGCGCCUGGCAGAGCGUCUCGGGCCAUCUGCAAUUGUUGUCACGAUUAUGUGCGAUACGGGCAUGAAGUACUUGAAGUCGUUUUCUCAGGAGGGUUAA